AUGACAGGUCAAAUACCAAGACUUUCUAAGGUCAAUCUCUUCACUUUGUUCAGUCUCUGGAUGGAGCUCUUUCCCUCACCUGAACAACAGAAGAAAUCACAGGUAAAGAAGAGUGGUCUUGUUGUUGUGAAAAACAUGAAGAUUGUUGGUCUUCAUUGUUCCAGUGCCGAGUUGCACGCUGGUCAGAUUGCACUCAUUAAACAUGGAUCAAGACUUAAAAACUGUGAUCUUUAUUUUUCCAGAAAACCCUGCUCGACUUGUUUAAAAAUGAUUGUAAACGCUGGAGUGAACAGAAUUUCUUACUGGCCUGCAGAUCCCGAAAUCAGCUUGCAGAAUGAGGCGUCCAACCCCAUGACUACUGACGAUGCGAAGCUCGAUGCCAAAGCAGUGGAGAGAUUGAAGUCCAACAGUCGUGCUCGUGUGUGUGUCUUGCUCCAGCCCUUAGUGUGCUAUAUGGUGCAGUUUGUUGAAGAGACUUCCACCAAGUUUGAUUUUGUUCAAAAGAUAGCGAGGUCUCAGCCUGACUUWAAUACUGACUUUUAUACUGAAUGUAGACAAGAAAAAAUAAGAGAGUAUGAAAGUUUAUUCCUAAUCUCAAAUGAGGAAACACACAAGCAGAUAUUGAGGACAAUAGGCCUGGAGAAUCUCUGUGAAAAUCCGUAUUUCAGCAACCUUAGGCAAAACAUGAAGGACCUGGUCUUGGUGUUGGCGACGGUGGCUGCCAGUGUCCCAGUGUUCGGGAGCUUUGGGUUUUACUGCCGUGAGCCGCAGGCGACAAACGAAACCUGUCAUCAGGGUCUGCCUCAAGAAAUCGCCCGGCACUGCAUGGUUCAAGCCAGGCUGCUCGCCUACCGCACAGAGGACCAUAAAACGGGAGUUGGAGCUAUUAUUUGGGCAGAAGGAAAAUCUAGAAGCUGUGAUGGAACAGGGGCCAUGUAUUUUGUAGGCUGUGGUUACAAUGCCUUUCCUGCUGGAUCCGAAUACGCUGAUUUUCCACACAUGGAUGACAAACAAAAAGAUCGGGAGAUCAGGAAGUUCAGAUACAUUAUCCAUGCCGAGCAGAACGCCCUGACGUUCAGGUGUCAGGAGAUAAAGCCAGAUGAGAGGAGCAUGAUCUUCGUGACCAAGUGUCCCUGCGACGAGUGCGUGCCUUUAAUCAAAGGGGCUGGAAUCAAGCAGAUUUACGCAGGAGAUGUGGAUGCUGGGAAGAAGAAAGCAGACAUCUCCUACAUGAAGUUUGAUGAACUUGAGGGCGUUAGCAAAUUCACAUGGCAACUAAAUCCGUUUCACACUAAUGUCCUUGAMUUCCACGAUCCUGCAGCCAGAGAAAACGGGGUCCAGAAAACAAAAUCCCUGGAUGACCAGCAGCACCAAAACAAGAAGCUGUGUCUUGGCCACUGCUGAAUAGUCAGCACUUCGGCACGCCCGCUCUGUGCUUUUAAAAUGCAGCCUCUUUGCACUUUCAAAUAGGGAAGGGUUUUAUUUAUUGUUUGGAAAGUKGUUUUUAGAAUAAGUUUAUUUAUGAGGUCAAAACUGUUUUAUAGACUUUUUAAUUUAGAAGCUCCAGGGAGGGAAGCAUUACCUGUGUUCUCUGUGCAAGGAACUGGGUGGCUAAUCAUUGUUAAUGUGCUUAAAACGAAAAAUAACAACAGCCUGAAAAGUCAGUGCCACUAGGUCAGACUCAUAGUAAAACGGUGCCCGUUGGGCACGGGCUGCGCAUUGAGGAAAUGGGUUCCUAAGCUCCUGGUUCUCCYGGUACAGCACUUGGGGGUCUC